AUGGCAUGCUCGUGCUGUGGCCCGGCCGAGCGCCCGCCCUUGCCCUCGCAGCCACAGCCACAGCCGCAGGAUGCUCCGACUCCAGCCGUGGUUGACGACACAGCAUCUGCCGCGACCGGCGCCGAUCCUGAAGCAUGCGGUGAUUCGAAAGACUCCUGCUGCGGCCCCAGCAACGCGGCUUUAGCUGAUGGAGAUGUCGUCGAUGCCUGCAAGGACGGCUGCUGCGACGAUGGCCCCGACAAGCCUGCUCCCGCCUCAGCCAGCGACGCAGCGUGUGGUGCUGGCUGUUGCGGCGGCGAGGCCGUUGUCCCUGCCGCCACGAUUGGAAGCACUAUUGACGGCUGCUGCGACAAUGCGUCUGUUGAUGUCCCCAUCAUAGCGUCGGACAAGCAGGUCUGCAACUCUGGAUGCUGUGGCGGUGACAUCUCGCCCGCAAACGCUGCUGCCGCCUGCUGCGAUGAAAAGCCCCAGAGCGUCGCCAAUGGCGAUCAACCUCUUACGGAUGGCUGCUGCGGUAGCAACGUCUCCGCGGAAAAGGCGAACAGCGGCAGCUGUGGUGAGGAGGCCCUUGACAAGACGGCCGACAACGAGCAGUCCUGCUCCACCGGGUGCUGCGGAGGCGAUGCUAUUGAUGCCGGCGCAGCUGUCAACAUUGCCAGUAGCUGCUGCGAGAGCGAGCCUGCCAAGGAUCGCAGUACCACAGAUGACGCCAAGAAGUCCUGCACUGACGGGUGCUGCGGUGGUGGUGCCAGUGGUGCUGUCGCAGCGGCAAGCACUGCGAGCGACUGCUGCGAUAGCAAGCCUGCCAAAGACUGCGACGUGGCGGACAAUGUCGAGAAGUCCUGCAGUGACGGAUGCUGCGACAAGCCUCUUGCAAACAAGCAGAACACGGAUGCCGUUGCUCUUCAGGCCAAUAUCUCAAAUGACGGCCAGCAAACGUGUACUGAAGGCUGCUGCGAUAAACCACCCGCCAACACGCAGACCACGGACGCUCUUGCGCACCUGACGAAUGCCUCCAUCGGCGAAAAGCAAGCUUUCACUGAUGGCUGCUGCGAUUCACAGCCUGUCGACACCAAGGUGAAUGAUUCGACCGAUUGUUGCCGCGGCAAGUCGUCUCCUUGCUGUGACGAAUCCUGCCUCGACCGCCUCGCUCUUCGCGAGUGCGACAGCAAGGCCUGUGAUGCAUCAUCGUGUGACGGCUCUUCGUCUUCCGCCACCAAGAACAAGGCCUGUGGUCGUCACCGCCGCUCCGCGCGCGAGCGAUAUGGAGCUACGCUCGAGGCACUUGGUUGCAUUUGCCGCGCCCUAAUCGCUCUGGGACAGGAAUCGUGCUGCGAUACACAGAAGAGGUCUUCUGUGGAUCGAAAGAAGUGUACGAAGCGCAUGUCCGGAGUGUCAUCUUCGCGCUCGUCGCUUGACUCCUGCUGCGCAAGCGGCUCUUGCACCAAGACACCACGCGUGGCUGUCCGAGCCCGUCGUCAAAAGGACCCGUGCUGCGGCGAGAAAGCGUGCGGAGCCGUUUCAGUAAAGCCUUUCUGUGAUAUGAACAAGCCCGCCGUGGCCGCAGGCUGCGCCAAUGCCUGCUGCAGCCCGAAGCAAACCCCUUGUGCCGGGUCAAAGGCAGCGGCGAAGGAUGGCUGCGGCGACACGUGCUGCUCCUCGGGCGAGAACACUCCUGUUGAGAAGAUCCAGGCUGUGAAGGCUGACCUCGAGAAUCAGGUAGCCGGCGUGGAGCAUGUUGUGCUGUGCGUGUCGGGCAUGACCUGCACCGGUUGUGAAACCAAGCUCAACCGCACCCUUGCCAACGUCGCCGGCGUGAGCGGCCUCAAGACAAGUCUCGUUCUUUCGCGCGCCGAGUUUGAUGUUGACCUGAGUUCGACCAGCGUAGAGAGCGUCAUGAAGCACUUGGAGAGGACGACUGAGUUCACGUGCGAAAGGGUCUCGAACCAAGGCGCUACACUCGACCUGAUAGUCGACGGCAACGCAGAUGCACUCGUCGACCAGACAUGGCCCGCUGGGGUCACUGACAUGACUGCUACAGGAAAGGGCACCGUCCGCAUCGCCUUCGACCCGAAGCUCCUCGGCGCCCGCGACCUCAUGGACAGGGACUGGGGAGCCCCCGUGAAACUCGCUCCCAUCCGUGGCGACCCGGGACUCGAGGCCGGCAGCAAGCAUGUCCGUCACGUCGGAUACAUGACGCUCCUCUCCGCCGUCCUGACCGUUCCGGUCUUGGUGUUGGCUUGGGCCCCGCUACCUGAUCGAGAGCUCGCGUACAGUUCUGCAUCACUCGCGCUUGCCACCAUCGUCCAAGUGGUCAUUGCCGGCCCAUUCUACCCCAAGGCGCUCAAGGCUCUCGUCUUCUCCCGCGUCAUCGAGAUGGACUUGCUCAUAGUUCUCAGUACCAGCGCGGCCUACAUAUUCUCUGUCGUGUCCUUCGGCUAUCUGGUCGCCGGCCGGCCGUUAUCGACCGGUCAAUUCUUCGAGACGAGCACUCUGCUGGUCACCCUCAUCAUGGUCGGUCGGUUUAUGGCAGCUCUUGCACGACAAAAGGCUGUCGAGUCUAUCUCUAUUCGCUCGCUCCAGGCCACGACGGCCACGCUCGUCGAUGAUCUCGACGGUAGCGAGCGAGAGGUUGAUGCCCGAUUGCUGCAGUAUGGCGACGUGUUCAAGGUCCUCCCCGACUCAAGAAUUCCCACAGAUGGAACAGUCAUAUCAGGUUCCUCGGAGGUGGACGAGUCCAUGCUUACCGGCGAGUCUCUGCCGGUCGAGAAACAUGCCAAGUCACCCGUCAUUGCGGGAACCGUCAACGGGUCCGGCACCAUUGUCGUCCGGCUUACUCGCCUCCCAGGCGACAAUACCAUUACUACCAUUGCCACCAUGGUCGACGAGGCCAAGCUCUCCAAGCCCAAGCUUCAAGAGCUCGCAGACCUAGUGGCGUCCUACUUUGUGCCAGUCGUCGUUGGGCUGACCAUCAUCACCUUUGUGAUCUGGGUCGCCAUCGGCAGGACCGUCCGCGGAAAAUCAGGAUCCGAGGCGACGGUAGACGCCAUCACGUACGCCAUCACGGUCCUCAUUGUGUCCUGUCCUUGUGCGAUUGGCCUGGCAGUGCCAAUGGUUGUCGUCAUUGCAAGCGGCGUCGCUGCGGAACGAGGCGUCAUCUUCAAGUCCGCGAGCGCCAUUGAAGUGGCACAUCGCACGUCCCACGUGGUGUUUGACAAGACGGGAACCUUGACCGAGGGUAAAAUGAGGGUCGUCUCCGAGACUCUGGUGUCGCAAGAGAGUGGGUGCCUAUCGCUGCUCCUGGGGCUCAUCGGCGACAGCAGACACCCUGUCUCGGUGGCCGUGGCAGAGUAUCUCAAGAGCAAGAACAUCAGGCCGGCCAUCCUGCCGGAUGUCAAGAGCCUGACUGGCAAGGGCAUGGAGGCUCACACAGGUGGAAGGAUGCUGCGCGCGGGCAACUCUAGGUGGCUCAACCAAUCGUCUGAGUCUCUCGUCCAGUCCGCGCUGGCAAGCAACCUCACCGUCUUUUGCUUCACCAUUGAUGGCGCGCUCGCCGCUGUCUAUGGCCUUGAAAACUCGCUGCGGCACGAUGCCGAGACUGUCGUGUCCGAUUUACAGGCACGGGGAAUUUCGGUUCACGUCGUCUCCGGGGAUGAUUACGGUGCCGUUCACGCAGUAGCCCGAAAGCUCAACGUCCCAAGUAGCAACACGCACGCCCGCAGCUCCCCCGCCGACAAACAGGCAUACAUCAGCAAGCUCCUUGGAUCUCACGAGAAAGGCAAAGAGCCGGUUGUCAUUUUUUGCGGCGACGGGACCAACGACGCCGUCGCGCUCGCGCAGGCCACCAUAGGCGUGCACAUGAACGAGGGAAGCGACAUGGCCAAGUCGGCCGCCGACGUUGUCCUCAUGCGUCCGGACCUCUCGGGCAUUGCAGUCAUCAUGGACGUCAGCAGGCGGUCGGUCAACCGCAUCAGGUUCAACUUUGCGUGGAGCUUCGUCUACAAUACGGUGGCGGUGCUGCUCGCAGCCGGCGCGUUUGUCAAGGCCAGGAUCCCGCCGCAGUUUGCCGGUCUGGGCGAGCUGGUCAGCGUGCUGCCUGUGAUCCUCGCGGCGGUACUGCUGCGCUGGCCGAGGCGCUGA